AUGACAGCCUCAGGUAAUCGAGCACCGCCUCCCCCACGCAAACCCAGCCCACCCCCUCCAAAGGAACCAACACCACCUCCUCCCAAAGACCCGACCCCGGUACCACCCCCCAGAGACCCUACGCCGCCUCCUCCACCGAAGCCGAAGAAAGCCAAAUCAUCCAAGGAAUAUGUCAAGAUACCCAUUAUUCCAUAUAAAUCACCAGAAAAAGAUCGGACACCUCCACCGAAACAAGAGCUCCCUCCGUCUCCUCCCGAUCCACCCGAAGAACCUGUAAAGGAAGUUAUUCCCGCCCCUGAACCGGAACCAAGGAAACCCGUCUCACUUCCAACCAAGGAAAAAGAGUCUAAGCCGAAGGUUAAUCCUCCGAAGAAGAACCGAAGAGCGAAGCUUCCUAAGCGGGUGAGGAAAGAAGUCAAACCCCUUGGUGUGGCAGCGCCUAUGCCAGUCAGGCCACCGCCAUCGGAUCCUUGGGAAAUGCCUGACACUGGGCCACGAGUUGCGGACAUUGCUGUGCCUGCGUUCCCGGUACCUGCCCCCGUAGAACCACAACUCCCACCUCUUCCCGAGAUCACUGUACCUCAACCAGCCCCGAAGCCAGUCGAGGAACCCGUUCCUGAGCCCCGGAAACGACCUAUGCCCCUGCCCCAGAAGCCCGAGCCAAUCAUGUGGAGGAGACGGCCGGAAUACAAACCUAAGAAGAAAAAAUGGAGGAAGGUUGAAGCUGGUAACCCCCCUAGCAGCCCGGACCCAGCCUUGAGGGAUCCACUCGACUAUCUUGCCAAGUACUGCAUUGUCCACAAAGAACGUGUGCCACAUUACCAGCGUGUCUUCAACACCCAACUCCGGAGUACGGGGAUCAACGUUGAAGAUCGUACGUUAAGGCAAUGGAUGAACACGGCGUCUUCGGACAGGGCAGCGGGUGACCACGACAUCGACGACCAGUCGGAGACGGGAUCGAUGACCACGGAGCAGUCAUCUGGAUACGGAAGUGCAAUAGUGAGGCCAGGCGAGGUCAAUCUCGGGUUCAAGAGUGACUUGGAAGAGUUUAGUGCUACCUUUAAGACCACACCCAUGGAGGUCAAUGAAGACGACUAUGUUAGUCCGAUGAAACUGGACGAUGUCGAGGAUGGAGGCGUUAAAGGCGAUGUCAAAGAUGACGAUGUUGACAGUGGUAGAGCUGAUAGUGCCUCAAGCGACGACCCGCAGAGGAUGUUGAAAGCAAAGAUUGCAUCCUAUGGAAUCAAUGACAAGUUUGACGUCGAAGAAAAACUGGAUAGGAGCCGCUUUAUGCUUGAGAGACAAGAACAGAAGGUGGCCACUUUGAAGGAGAAAGUUUCGUACUUAGAAACUUCUCGGAACAAGGCGAUCGCAGAUAUUGCAAGAAACGAGUUUCUCGAGAUCUUCCGCUUUGACUGGGACCCAGAUGCUGCAGCAGCAGCAGAGGCGAAGAGGAAGAAGGAUAAAAAAUCAAAGAAGAAAAAGAAAGACAAAGCAUCAAAGACAUCAGGACCAAAAAGUGUGGUAAUUGAUCAAGCAGAUACAACGUCAGCUUCACCACCACUGUCAUCUUCAUCGUCAACCAAACCAAUAGAAACAGAAACAACGAAAAUUGGCAGUUUGGGAUUCCCUAUCCUGAAAAAUGGGACCGACGAGUGGGUCUUGAGCAGAAUGACCGAAAAACAGGUUGCCAUGGCCGAGACUGAUGCAGAGGUUUGCAGACUCACUGUUAGUAAACAAAUCACGGAGGAGAGACUGGAAGCAGCGAAUAAACAAAUCAAAGAACUAGAAGGUGAAAAGAAGAUGUUGGAAGAUCUUGAAACGAGGAUGAAAGAGAAUGAAUCGUCCGAUCGGAUGGCAUCCAAACCAGAGUUUAGAAGGAAACAGAGCACUCUCUUCAAUAUGAUGAACCAAGAACAGCCGUUCGAAAUCGAGACGGCCAAUGUGGAAAGUCUGUUGCAGAGAGUCAAUAGUCAUUUGAUAUCAGAAAAGGAAUGCCAAUAUGUGUAUCACGUUCUUGAUUUACCUCAGCGUCAUCGAAUCGAUUUUAAGCUCUUUACAAUCGUUGCAGCUUUGUCCGAGAAAAUAUCAAGGCUAGACCCCUUUAUCAAGAAACUGAUCAACAAGAUCAACUUUGAGGCUCUAAAUGUGAAGAUGGAUCGAGCGAAGGAGUUGUUCUAUCUCCUGGAAGAUGAAGAGGAGCAUGGUUUUCCUGGUGAGGUUCCCGUCAAGAACCUUCAGGUUGAGCUGGAGGCAGGUGGCCUCCGGAAAGAGCAUGUUGAUCUGGUGAGUUAAAAAAAAAGAAUCUGA